AUGCAAAGUAGAACAAACAAAGCACCCAAGAGCGGUACAGACUACUCAAGCGAGCUGGAAUCAUUUUUCUCUACAUUACUUGGAAAAUCGCAAGAGACACAACCCACGCAGACAAAGAUAAGUAAAGAGUCAGCCAUUUUGAUACAAAGUGCUGCUAGAUUGGAGCUAGAGUCAAUUACAUUGAAAGAGAGUCUAGCAAAAGCAAACGAAAGCAUCGAAAAAUUUUCCAAAAUGCCGUUUCAUGAAUUGCUUGAGUCUAUCAAUCAAGUAAAAAAAGACCUUGCUGAGAUGAGGGCCGAGACCAACACCAAUCAAUCUCAUUUGCAAACAGGACUCCAAAAAGUGGCUGUCAAUACUGAGUUAGUAGAUUUAAUUUCAAAAUCAACUACGAGCCAAGAGAAAGUGUGCCACAUUGUGGAUGAAAAUAUACAAGCUCUUGGGUCAUCAGCAGAGAAGAUUUUGGCCGAAACCUCAUCAAUCCAUGACAAACAGCAACAUCAGAACCACACUAUUGGUAGUAUCUCUGACCAUUUAGUAUCCCUAGACGAUGGCAUCAAGGAUAUAAAACAGUUUUUAAGUCUAUUGUUACCACGAUUGAUUACGGUGGAGAAGCUUGUUGUUCUGCUUCAGUCACAAACGCAGGCGACACUCGCCUCUUCGAAGGAUAAUGAAUCACCGGGGAAGCCAAAGCGGCGAAGAUUGGAAUAA